AGUUUAAAUGCCUGUGAAAUACGAUAGUGUUUUGUAGUUGUGUUUUAUUUUCAUUGUUUUUCUGUCAGAGAUUGUGUUGUCAACUGAUUAUCACUUGAGAUCAGCUCAUUGUCUGGUAAUCAUCGCUUCCAGACACACAUCCCAUUCAUACCACACACCCGAUGGCCACCGCAGCGGCCGCUCAGUCGGCCCGACGCCGGAUCAUCGAUAUCGGCGCUAACCUCACCGAUCCCAUGUUUAAAGGUAUAUAUAACGGGUCACAGAAGCACAUCCACGACCUGUCGGAUGUGAUCAAACGGUCCGUCACUUAUGGCAUACAACGAAUUAUAGUGACCGGCGGUAGUCUAGAGGACAGCCGAACGGCGCUAGAGUUGGCCAAAACGGAUGCAAUGCUGUACAGCACUGUCGGCUGUCAUCCGACCCGAUGUCUCGAGUUUGACGCCUACGGAGACGCCGACAAAUAUGUGGACGAAUUGAUACAAUUGGUGAACAAUAAUCGGGACAAAGUGGUGGCCGUCGGCGAAUGCGGCCUCGACUACGAUCGGCUCCAGUUCUGUCCCAAAGAGCAACAGUUAAAGUAUUUCAUCAAACAGUUGUCUGUAUCGGAGGCCACAGGUUUGCCGCUAUUCCUUCACUGCCGGAAUGCGGCCACAGAUUUGGCGACAGUUUUGCGUAACAAUCGGCACAAAUUCAAUGGAGGCGUCGUCCACUCAUUCGAUGGUACUCUAGAGGAAGCCGAAGAAUUCAUACGAAUGGGUCUCUAUAUCGGAAUCAACGGCUGUUCGUUGAAAACUGAGUCUAAUCUAGAAGUGGCGGCACAGAUACCCGCCGAUAGGCUUAUGAUCGAAACCGACAGUCCGUGGUGUGAAGUGAAGGCCAGUCAUUCGGGUGCCAAACAUAUCGCAACACAGUUCCCGAGCCGUAAGAAAGAGAAGUUUGAGACCGGUUUACACGUGAAGGGCAGGAAUGAACCGUCAAAUUGUGUACAAAUACUGGAGAUAUUGUCUGCCGUUAAGAAGAAGCACACUAUCGAUGAAUUGGCCGAUAUUUUCUACGAAAACACUAUCAAACUCUUCUUUAGCGCCCGGUCUUAACAAAUGAGAUAAUAAAUGGAUGCGAUUUGUGUCCACUAAUAAUAUGGGCACCAAUUUUGAUCCACUGCUGCUUAUUAUGUGUUUUUUGUGAUCGUUUUCGCC